AUGCUGCACCGCAAGGGCAGCCGACGCUCGUCGCAGCCCAACCUGCGUCGCGCCAGCAUCGCGGUCACGGGCGCCUACUCGGCGUCCUCUUCCUCGCGCCGCCAGUCCAUGGCGGUGCCCGCCUGGUCUCCUGCGGUGGCCGGCAGCGCCUCGUCGUCGUCGCUCAGCCCGCGGAACAGCCUGGCGGCGCCGUCUCGCCACCGGGCCAGCCUGUCGCCCGGCCCUUCUUCCUCCGACUUGCAGCUGUCGGCACUCAGCGGUUCCUCGGCGGCGACGCGCUGCGUCACCGUGGUCCCCACGGCAGCAGCCGGAGCCAGGUCUCCCAGGGUGUCGCCGAGGCCAUCGCCAAGGGCAUCGCCCCGCAGUUCACUGUCGGUGCCCGAGAGCGAAGAGCGAAGGCGAUCCAGCUGCACGAUUUCCCUGGACGACCGCAGACGGCUGUACGUGAAGGCCGAGGAAGAGAAGCGGUACGCGGCGUACGGCUCCAUCAGCUACCAGAUCCGAGAGGCCAACGAGGAGGCAUCCAACUUCUUCGACUUCAUGGGACGCGCCCUCGCCAUCGUGGGCACGUCGGUGGUGGUGACCGUUCUACUGGCGAUGUUUUCGAUCCUGCCCCUGCUGAUGAUGAUCAUAGGGGUGCAGUACUUGCAGGAGUGCCCCAAGGAGCCCAACAUUCCGUUGUACCUGUUGAUCGGUGGUGCGUUCGGCCUCAUUAAGGUGGGCACGCUGCUCUACCACCAAAUGAGGCGGCGACGCUACGAGCGACUCGACGACGCCUUGGCCGACGGCGACAUCGACGAGCUCUGGUCCUCCACGUCGACCAAGGUCACCGAGUACGCGCUCACCAUUUUCCUGCUCGUCUGGUUCGGCAUGGGAAACUACUGGGUGCUCCACAUCUACCGGCCCCGUUACGAGCCACUGCUGCGAGAACCCAACAACUACUGCGACAAGACCGUGUACACGUUCUCGCUCGUACACCUGCUCGUGUGCUACGGCGUCAUCGGCCUCUGGGUCAUCGAGGUGAUCUGCCUCGCACUAUGCGUCAGGGUGUUUGGACUGUGGUGCAAGAAGUGAGCCCCGUCACUCCCACUUCAGACGGACAUACGUACUCGCGUUUCGUGCCUAUUUUCUCGAUGAACUGACAUGGGAAAGCCUGUGUCGCAACGGGCGUCAGCUCCGAGCUAGUAUGACGUUGCUCGAGGAUAUCUUUUGACUCAGUGCCGCAAGACGAGUACUGUGCUGCAGAAGUGCUUUAUUUUCUUUUUGUUUGUUUGUUUCGAACGUUUCUGUUCAUCAGCUCCUGAUCAAGCUCGUCUGCGAGAGGUCAUCAAGGCAACCUGACCUUAAGCUGAAUCUGAUGAUGACGACUGCCCUGGUUAUGACAGAACCAGUCGGACUCUGUUGGGAACAGUUCUGGAUCGGUAGGAGGUGUACGCGUUUGAGCAGG